CGUGGAGACCAGAGCGAUGGCAACCUGCAGGAACCAAACUUGGUAAUCCCGCCACCCCAAGCUUCGCGCUGGGGGUCCGCAACGUGGAACCCGGCUACGUGUGGUGGCCCAUGGCGCUCUACGAGAUCUUCUCUCACCCGAUCGAGCGCAGCUACCGCGCGGGGCUCUGCUCCAAGGCCGCGCUGUUCCUGCUGCUGGCCACCGCGCUCACCUACAUCCCGCCGCUGUUGGUGGCCUUCCGGAGCCACGGGCUGUGGCUGAAGCGGAGCAGCUACGAGGAGCAGCCGGCCGUGCGCUUCCAGCACCAGGUGCUGCUCGUGGCCCUGCUGGGGCCCGAGCCCGGAGGCUUCCUGGCCUGGAGCACGUUCCCCGCCUUCAACCGGCUGCAGGGGGACCACCUUCGCAUCCCGCUCGUGUCGACUAGAGAAGAAGACAGGAACCAGGAUGGGAAAAUGGACGUGUUACAUUUCAGACUGGAGCUGCCUCUGCAAGCCACAGAGAACGUUCUUGGUGUCCAGCUUAUCUUGACCUUCUCCUACCAACUGCACGUGAUUACCACUGUCCUGAAUGACCCCAACCCCCUCUGGCUGGUGGGCAGAGCCGGCGAAGCUCCCUUCGUGAUCAACGCUGUCAUUCGCUACCCCGUGGAAGUCAUUUCCUACCAACCAGGCUUCUGGGAGAUGAUCAAGUUUGCCUGGGUCCAGUAUGUCAGCAUCCUGCUAAUCUUCCUCUGGGUGUUCGAAAGAAUAAAAGUUUUUGUGUUUCAGAAUCAAGUGGUCACCACAAUUCCUGUGACAUCAGUGUCCCAGGGAGAGGUGUACAAGCAGCACUUGUCCUAAGCAGACGGUCUCUAAACAACUCCUCGGAUUGUGCUACCUCAUUCUCUUCUGCAAGCUGCCGUCCUAUGACACUUCUGAAAAGAGCCUACUGGACACCGUGAGCUUGUGUGUUUUCCCCUUCAGAGACAAAUUCUAAGCACUGAAGAGACCAUCAAUUUGUGGGAAGGCCUGUCGGUUCCUUUGUGUAUGUGCUGGUACCAGGGCUUGAACUUUAGACCUG